UCAUGCUUCAUUGUAGGUACAAGAUGGAAACCCUCCAGUACAUAUUUUGCCUCCUCAUUUGUGCCUCGUCUGGGUUCGGCUCGGAAUCCACGCUAAAGUCACUCAGUGUGGUUUUCAGACAUGGAGAUCGUACUCCUCAAGCAUAUCCCACAGGAUUCUAUCCCACUGAUCCCUACAGGAAUUGAUCGUUUGAGCCAGUGGGGAACGUCAUUGCGCAACCGAUAUGAUGAAUUUUUGGGUGAAACCUUCUCGGCGUCCGAUCUCUCCGUCACCAGCACAAACAGAGAAAGAACGAAGAUGAGCUUGCUUCUCGUAUUGGCAGGUCUGUAUCCGCCGAAAGGCGAACAGGUGUGGAAGGACGCGAUUAACUGGCAGCCAAUACCCAUAAAUUCAGUUCCCACCGAAGUGUCAUCCUUCAUGAAGCCAUCUACGUGCCCGACCUACAAAAAAGAACUCGACAAAGUUUUGAAUUCUGAAGAGUACAAAAGAGAGUUAUCCCGCUAUCGGGAACUCAUGAACAACUUGACAACUUUAAUCGGCCGUGAAGUUAACAAGGCAGAAAUAGUCUAUCAUCUGUUCAAUACUUUGACGUCCGAAGCAGCGAUGAACCUUCCACUCCCCGAAUGGACCGAAGCGUAUUUCCCUAAUGGACUUAUCAUCAACGCUACGCUCUUGGAGUACGAAACUAAAAGUUACAACGAGCAGUUGAAAAAGUUGAACGAUGGAAUAUUUGUCCGGAAAGUGCUGAACGACUUAGCUCUCGAAGACAGGAGCUCGGAGAGUAAACAAAAGCUCCACCUUUACAGCGUGCAUGAAAACAACGUUGCCGCUGUAUUGCAAGCGCUGAACAUUUGGACGAAUUCCAUACCAGAAUAUGGCAGCGCCAUUGUUUUCGAGCUUCAUGAACGUAGUUCUCCUUACUUCAUCAGGAUGCUGUACUACAAGGGGAUCCCUGCGGAGUUCGAAGUGCGCACUAUCCCAGGCUGUUCCGAGUACUGUGCACUCGAUGAUUUUCUCCGACUCGCGGAGAACGUGCUGCCGCAUGAUGUCGUGGAAUCAUGCUUCGGACCACCUUCCGACUCUCUCCUCGUUCCGAAGACUAAUCAAGUCGCAUGGAUGUAUCAAAAGAUCAGAGAAUGGUUCUCUUUGUGAAGCAUCAAUUGGCUCAACGUCACUAUGGAUGUAUAAUGCUUUCUAUAAAUAAAUUCAAACUACUGGGA